AUGUCCGAAAAUUUCAUCACGCCAGGGCAGCAGCGCCAUCUACGCGCAUGCAUGGUCUGCUCCAUCGUAAUGACUCACACGCGAUUCCGACAGGAAGGAUGUCCAAAUUGUGAGGAUUUCCUCCAUCUACAAGGCUCGGCCGACCAGAUCGACAUCUGCACAUCUCAAGUAUUUGAGGGCGUCAUCUCCUUGGCGAAUCCGGCUAGGUCGUGGGUUGCGAAAUGGCAGAGGCUUGAUGGAUAUGUCAAGGGAGUCUACGCGAUCAAAGUCUCGGGGCAGCUCCCAGACGACGUACGGACUACGCUCGAAGAAGAGUACAGGAUUCAGUACAUACCGCGUGACGGAAGUGUAACUGAGGCGGACUGA